AUCCCCUGCCCUGGGGAAAAGACCUUAACUAUUCAGCCUACCAUGACUCACAUGAUUAUCUAAACUUCGGUAAGGUCACCCCUCAGCCUCCAAAACUCGAGGGAAAAUAGCCCCAGCUUAUCGAGCCUCUCCCUAUAGCUUUAUGACUUACAAGGACAAAGUCAGUGCAUGUCCGGGAAACACUACUGCCUUCAAAUUUCUUUCCAAAUCACAGACCAUCUGAGAUGGAACCAUGUCACUGUCCCUUCGAACAUCUGAUCAAAAUCCCAGAGGUCUCUCCAUAACAACACCCUGUUGGAGUGUAUGUAUACCUUAGGGACUGUAACAGCCCACAUCACAUGAGCGAUUUAAAACAAAAACUGGUCCUUUUAUUUUUGCAGUUUUUUUGUCUUUUUAAUUUCAGAUUUCCAGUAUUCUCCUUUGCAAAUGCACUGAUAACGUGCAGAAAAGGAGUUCUUAUUCUCUCUGCUUCUCAACGUCCCCUGUUGUAGAUCUCGCAAUGGGAGGAGCUGAGAGGCUGGCAGUCGGGAAUGGCAGAGUUCAAGCUCAGAGCAACAUUGUGCUGCAGAGGAGGAGAGAGUUCACCAGCAGGCUCUGUCUGUUUGGAGCACUACCCCUAUGCGCGUAGCCCCAGAAGGAAACAUGGAACCCGGAGCCCUUGAUCAAGGUUUGUUCAGGGGGAGCGAACAAUGUCGACAUUAUCAGCCGACAUCAAGGCCAACUUCCUGCUGUUCUCCAAGAUAUUCUCAAACCAGACUGAAUAAAACAUUGGACACGGACAGUGGAAUUUUAAGUUCCUGCAGUAGCAGAUCUAGUUCUGAAAUUUACAGUAUGGGCAAAGGGACAUCUUCCAGUGCCAUUGGUGAGAAUAACUGUGCUACAGAUCAGUACGGAAUUCAGUUGGAGAGGGAUCUGCAGUUAAAUUUAUUGGAGUCUGAAAGUAGGAGAUGUGCUCUUUCUGACAGUCUUAAAACAGCUUGCUGUGCCUUAAAAGAACAGCGUGAACAAAUGAGCAAGAAAAAUAUGGAAGUGAUCAAUCACAGCGCUAUAAUUGACAAGAUGAUCUUAAAACAAAAGCUUUUAGAAACUAAGGUGAAACUACUUCAUGAGAAGGAGGGGACACAGAAGGGAGUCAAACUGGAUGAAGCUGAAAGAGAGAGAGAAUUCCAGGACCGGAUCUGGUGCUUAGAAGAGGAAAUUGAAAAUAUAAAUCUCAAACUGGAACAAAUGGCUCUGAAGAAAAGAACUACUUUGUCUCCGAUUUCCUGCUACCUGGGGGAUGGAAGAAAUGAGGCUAAAGAACAGCCACCAAACUACCUGCACACCCUGAAUGGCUCAUUGGCUUGGUAUCGAGACAGAGACUGGAAUCUCAAGGAAAAGAAUGGUGGAGUAAAUCUGGACAAUGUCAUCGGUGAAGGAGAUCUCCAAGAGAUCCCAUCUUGCCUUGUCAGUGCUGAAACAGGAAGAGCAUCAAUCGAAAACCAAAUGGCAGACCUCCACUCUGAACUAUUCCAAACUAAAUGUGAGAGCUAUGGACUGAAAAAGCAAUACCUCAAGUCUGAAUCACAGCUAACUGCUAAUAGAAAUAUAAACGAAAGCCUUUUGUUGGAAGUAACAAGAUUGAAACAAAGCUUGCAGGCUUCAGAACAGCAGAUGCUGAAACUGCAGAGUGAAAAGGAAAUUUUAACUUCACGUCUGAAGACCUUAGAAUGUGAACGGCAACAGAUAUUCAAUCAAAAAGAACUUUUGCUGAAAACAUUGAAAAAAUUGAAAUGUCACAAGCAUGAAGAUUCUUUGUUACAAAUUAAUUCUGAUGACAGCAUUUCAAUCUAUAGGACACCAUCAAUAAACCUUCAGGAAUGCCCCUCAAAAUUAUGUGCACAGUGUGAAUGCCUUUCAAAGGAGCCGGAGUUAGCCAAGGAUGAGGACAAACUGUCUGUUCACCAGGAGCAAAUGGAACAUGGUGGGGAGUGUCUGACUGAUGGCAGCAACUCUGUGAUGGCUCCAGGAACAGAAUUACUGAGCACAGAGACAGAAGAAAUAGGCCUGCAAUCAAAGAAGAUCAUCCCAAAGAUCAAUCAAGCUACGCAAGAAAAUACAAGACUAUGGACAGAGUCAAAGGAUUCUGAUGAAGGAUUACAACAGCAAAAUGCAGAUCUGACAAAAACCCAUGGUAACAUAAACUUGCAAUUUGAAAAAUUAUUGGAGAAAAUAGAAGGUUUUGUGAAGCUUAGUCUAAAGCUGGAGAUUGAAAGAAAUCAGACAGUUUGCAAACUGAGAAUGCAGACAACAGAAAUAAAGAACCUUGAGGUGUCAAGUGUAUGCAACAGAAAAUUACUGCUACAUCUUCUGAGCAAGAACAUUCAUCUCAGGCAUGACAACCAGUUAAAGGCCAACCAGCUCACAGUCCUGAUUAUUGGACUGCACCAUCUGAGGAACGCAUAUCAAGCACUCUCUCAAAAUGUGGACCAUCCUGAGGGCAACUCAUCAGCUGAUUGGAUAAACAGGCUACAAUUAAUUAAGGACAUUAUUGAAAAGUUUAAAAUCCAGCAGAAGAAGCUAAAGCUUUUGGAAGAGGAAAACGAGCUGUUGGCACAAAAAUCCAGCUGUGAAUCAUUGCGGAACAUGGAAGCAAAAGUAACUGCAUUACAGAAGGACAUUCUAAAGUUGACAGCUUUAGAUACGCAGACAAGACUGCAGCAGGAUCACCACAAAAUUCUUUUGACAGAUGAAGCAGCCUUGGGCUUGCAUUCGAAAACAAUGGGAAGGCUCCCUGGUUGUGAGAAACAGGCAACAUUACAGAAACAGGGAGAACAAGCAGAAACUGAAGACGACCUGAGAAGGCUUUAUCCAUUUGCUGCAAAGACAAUGGCUAUUGAAGAUGUGUAAUAAGCUAUCCAUCAGAUGCUACCUUUGCCAAUACUUUACCUUAAUUGCUAUCUCAAGGAAUUAUGCAGAGUCCAUAUAUUUUUCAAACUCAACAUUAUAUUGUGAACACUAAGGAGGAAUUGGUUAGUACACUGCCAUUUCUCUUUAGAAAUUUGGGUUAAUCCAGGACACAACAAAAGUUUACAGUCAGCUGAGUGUGAAAAGCAUUUGCUUAAAAUCAGUUAAAAUAGUCUUAAUUAGUGGGUAAAAAUCACAACCCAAAACCAAAGGAACUCUGCUCACAUUGAAUAAUCAUAUUUAGGUAAAGCUAUAGAAAUAUGACAGGGCCAAAUAGGGUCACUCUUGUAAAGUAGACUUCAAGACCUGUUGUUAACUGGAGGGCAUUUAUAACUGUCCUGGAAUAUCUAAUGCUAAUUGCAUUCAUCUUGCCUAUUGAGUAAGCUGACCAAAACAGAAUCAUCGUUCCUAACGACCAUGACUCCACAGCUAAAUGUCAAGCCAUUGUUUCCAAGACUGUCACCAAUGAUCUUACCUCUUCCAAAGAUCUUCCUCCAUGGCUUUCAACCUCACAGUCCCUCAACACCAAAUGGCUCACUUCUACCUCCUUCCCAACAUCUAUAAUAUCCACAAACAAGAUGCCCUGGUAAGCCUCUUGUUUCAAAGAACUGAUUUGUUCCUAUCUCAACUCUAGAUUAUUUCCCUUUGUCCACUAUCUGCCUCUUUACAUUUGUGACUCCUCCGACACCCUCUGUUACAUUAAGUUUUCAGUUCCUGGCCCAGUCAUUUAAUGUGCAACAUAAAUGUCCAAUUCCACUACAGCCCCAGACCUUAAAUGAAGACCCAAGCGGCCCUCAACAUCUCCCUAUUACCCUACCCUUUCCCUGGCUUAAGCUGCCUUCCCAUUGAACAAUGUCUUCUUUGACUGUACACACCUGCUUCAAAAUUACUUGUGUAUCUCCAGAAAGCACAUGGGCCCUAGACAUACCUGAAUUUCCUUGGUUUGUGUGGAACAAUUGUUGUUCUAGUCCUACUCAGGCGAAGAAGGGAGAUAAACAACAGGGCUAUCAGACUCGAAGAGAUUGUAGAGAUAACAAUGGGCCAUGCCAUGGAGAGAUUUGACAAUAAAGUUUAAAAUUUUAAAAUAUGGGAGCUGGUGUAGGUCAGCAGGGGCAGGUGUGACGGGAGAAUGGGACAUCGCAUGAGUUCAGACACAAGCAUUAGAGUUUUGGAUGGCAUUGGGUUUGUGGAGAAUGAGAGAGGCUAGUGAAGAAUAAUGGGAGUUGUCAAGUCUAGUGGUUUAAAAAAAAGCGAUGAUAAAAUUUUCAACAGCAGGGGCAGAGUUGACCAGUGUUAUGGAGGUGGAAAUAGAUCAUUAUCGUGGUGGUGCAGAUACGUGUUUGGAAAUUUACCUCAGGGUCAAAAAUGUCACACAGGCUCCAAACAGUCUGGUGUACCUUGAUACAAUGAAUUAGUGAAUAGUCAAAAGUAUUUUGGAUGGAUAGUAAGUGAAUGAUAAGGGAUUAUCAACGUCAAAUUGUCAUAAGAGGAGAGAAUAAAAUAAGUUUCUUUACAGAGAUAAAAAUUGAAUGGAAUGUUUAAUCACAAGGAAUGGUUCAGACAGACUCCAUUUUGCAAUUUUGAAAGAACAAUUGGUUGGAUAUUUGAUUAUGGAAUGGCAAUGCUUUUGGAUUGCUACAGUAAAGGGCCAUUGCAGACAUGAUGGAUCAAGUUGCUAACAAUGUUCUGUGAUUCACAGGUAAGGCAGCCUAGGGUUUGUGAUGUAAAAAUUGGGAAGACCCCAGUCUGUGGGAAAAUGGACAACAUUAGAGGAAAAUAUGGGGGAAAAAAAACUGCAAAAGCUGCCAUGAAGUUGAAAAGGUUUUAUCAAUCUCGUGUUGUCAGAAUGAUGAUUGGAGUCAAACAGUCAUCAAUAAGAUGCAACAUUUGCCAAUACUGCUAUGUCAGCAUGGUGGGUCAAUGGUUAGCACUGUUACCUCACAAUGCCAGGGACAUGGGAUCAAGUCAGCAUAGUGUGACUGUCUGUGUGGAGUUUGCACAUUCUCCGCGUGUCUGUGUGGGUUUCCUCCCACAGUCCAAAGAUGUGCUGUUUAGGUUGUGUUAAACUGUCCAUGGUUUCCAUGGAUGUGCAGGCUAGUUGUAUUAGCCAUGGGGUUAUGGGGAUAGGGUUGGGGUUGAGUUUGGGUGGGAUUCUUUCUGGAGGAUUGGUGUGGACUCGAUGGGCUGAAUGGCCUCUUUCCACACUAUGGAGAUUCCAUGACUUUUCCAUCUCAGAUUUGAGGAGAAAGUGAGGUCUGCAGAUGCUGGAGAUCAGAGCUGAAAAUGUGUUGCUGGAAAAGCGCAGCAGGUCAGGCAGCAUCCAGGGAACAGGAGAAUCGACGUUUUGGGCAUAAGCCCUUCUUCAGGAAUCUCAGAUUUGAACUGAGUGAUUUGAGGAAUCUUAAUCUUCCUCCCCUUCACCCAGCGUUAUGGAGGUCCAUUAUCAGAACUAUAUUACUAUCCUGCAAAGAUGAACUAACAUAGCCUAACUGAUGAUGGAAAAUGAGACUUUACCCAUCCGUUAUUUACCGGGCAAUGAUAUUGAUGUAUGCAGAACAUUCAAAGUGAAUAGAAAGAUACAUAAGUGAUAAUGACUAAGAAAGCUCUUUCUACUAUUUAAAAAUGCACAUUAAACUCAGUGCCAGUGACUUGGGUAUACAAAGGCAGUGAAGACAUUCUUGGAUCUCCUUUGGGAUUGCCAUAGAGAUGGUCAAUUUUAUAAAGCUGCAACCAACUGAUUCAGUUCCGUUCUCUGCAUGAGAGCGCUUAAUGCUCAAAUACAAUGUUUGUGAGCAUUUUGUAUAUUCAAGCUUCAAAUUGCAAAUUUUUGUCGCAUCUCAGUCCACUCAUGACUUUACCAUUAUUGUAAGUAUCACUUGAAGGAGUCUAGCAACACUCAGUAUCAGGAGGAGAGGGAAGAAAGGCAAUGUAGCCAUUGUUACAAUGUGCUUUCCCGCUGCUAUCCAAACACAGAAACCAGAAACCCUCCAGGCUUGAAAAUGUUCUUGAAGCCUUCUUAAAGAGUGUAAUUUUCCCAAUGGCAAAUCCUUCUCUAUAAUUAUUCAAUUUGAGUGGGCUGGGUACUGGUUCAAAGGACCACACACAUUUGUUCAGGAUCAUGUGACAGGAGGCUUAGGAAUGCCUGUUACCCUUUCAGAAACGGAAUGUCCCAGAGUAGGGCAGAGGAGGUAAAUUGACCAUGCAGGUCACUUCUCCCAAUUCCGUUUUCUUGCAUUUGAAACGAAACAUUCCUCACCCAUGUUAGAGUUCAAUGUAAGGCUAACAGCCAGCAAUACUUGAAGGUGGGUGUGAGAAGGAGAUGGGUGCAAUUUAACACUGGAUAUGGAGUGUCUUGUGACCUACUUCAAACAUGCACUUGGUGCAGUUCAGCAUUCAUCAGUGCAACAAAGUGUGUAUAAAUGUUCAUUAAGAUUUGGGAAAUACUUAAUUUCAGGGCUACCCCUGGAACUGGAAGGAUUGAGCAAUGAUCCAGACACAAUGCGUCCAUUAUGCUGCAACAUGAAAAGUAUUAUGCUGUUUCUACACUUUAUUCCACUUGCCACGCCUUGGGAAGCUUGGAAGUAUUUUGUUAAUUUGACUUAAGUCCAGCAUUUUGUUUUUCACUAUAUCCUUGUGAUCAUGUUUCUACGGUGUACAUUGUUUUGCAAAAGUAAAUAAAAGAGAAUUUGAAUAAAA